AUGGGAGAGGGUCUCAUACUUGGACUAGGACUGGUGGUAGCUAUAACCAUUCUCAUAUGCUUUCUUGUCUUGUGGUUCAAAGGAAAAUCAUUACUAAAUCAAGGAAAGAAGAAAGAGGAUGCUAGGAUUGAGGCAUUCAUCAAAAAGUUUGGUUCUCUUGCACCAAGGCGAUAUUCUUAUGCAGAAAUCAAAAAAAUGACAAAUAAAUUUAAUCAUAAAUUAGGUCAAGGAGGAUUUGGCAGUGUAUACAAAGGGAAAUUGCCUGACUGUCGUCUCGUGGCGGUCAAAGUCUUAAGUGAAUCAAAAGAAAAUGGAGAGGAUUUCAUGAAUGAAGUGACUAGCAUUAGUAGAACUUCUCAUGUUAAUAUCAUAAGCCUACUUGGUUUUUGUUUUGAGAAAUCAAAGAGAGCUUUAAUUUAUGAAUUCAUGCCCCACGGAUCCUUAGGUGGGUUCAUUUAUGAUAGAGGAUUGCAUCAUCGAAGUUGUCGAUUGGAGUGGAGAACUUUGUAUGACAUUGCACUUGGCAUUGCUAGAGGACUCGAAUACUUGCAUCAAGGUUGCAAGACAAGGAUCUUACAUUUUGAUAUAAAACCUUACAACAUCCUUUUAGAUGAAAACUUCUAUCCCAAAAUCUCUGAUUUCGGUUUGUUUAAAUUAUGUGAAAGAAAGAAGAGUAUUAUUUCCAUGGCUUGUGCUAGAGGAACAAUAGGAUAUACUGCUCCAGAAUUGGUUUGUCGAAACUUUGGUGGACUUUCUUAUAAAUCUGAUGCCAAUAGUUAUGGAAUGAUGGUCCUUGAAAUGGUGGGAAGAAAAAAUAUUGAUGUUGGAGUGUCUCAAACUAGUGAAGUAUAUUUUCCGUCCUGGAUUUAUAAGCAUCUUGAUAAAUCUAUGAACUUGAAUCUUAAUAGAGUAAUAGUUGAAGAAGAAGAAGAAGAAAUAACAAGGAAGUUGAUUAUUUUGAGCCUUUGGUGCAUUCAAUCUAAUUCAUCUGAUCGACCAUCGAUGACUAAAGUGAUAGAAAUGUUACAAGCAAAUCUUCAAUCAUUGAUAAUUCCACCUGGACCUUUUGUAUCUUCCCUGUACAAUCUCCUAAAACUUUAG